AUGUCUUCCACUCAGUCGCAUUCCUUCAACCCCUCGGGCCGCACCUCUCACGGACUGCAGCUCGACCACCACCCUCUCGAUGCUCUCACUGCUGCAGAGAUUGCCGCCGUCUCCCUCGUCGUGCGCAGCCACUUUGCCGCUCGCACCUCGGUCAAGGCCGUCAAAUUCUGCAGCUCUCUCCUCAUCCCUCCCGUCAAGGCCGCCGUUCUCUACGCGCUCGGACUCCCUCUUCCUCGUGACUGCCAGCUCGAUGACCGCAAGGCUCUCCAACUGCUCAACCGCCGAGCAGAGGUGCAGCUCAUCGACGCCAUCAACGGCGACACCUACGAGGUCAACGUCAGCCUCGCCAACGAUUUGCCCCUCCCUGGCCGCGAUGGCAAGUACGCUCCCUCCACCGCCGAGGCGCUUGGCCGCGUCGAAAGCGUCAAGAAGCUCGAGGUCGGUCUGCAGCCCAUUCUGACCCCGGAGGAGAUCAACGAGGCCGAGAACAUCCUCCGUGCUGAUCCUCAAAUCUGUGCCAUCGCCAAGGAGGUCGGCAUCGAGCCCCACCAGAUGUGGGCCGACGGCUGGUCUAUCGGCUACGAUGACCGAUUUGACAAGAAGCUCCGUGUCCAGCAGUGCCUCAUGUACGCCCGCAAGAGCGAGCACGAGAACCUCUACGCUCACCCCAUGGACUUCUACCCGGUCAUCGACUCGAAUGCUGGCAAGGUCAUCGCCAUUGACUUCCCUGGUCACCGAGACCCCAUGACCGGCAAGCUGUCAACCCCUCAAGGCACUUCCAAGCCUGGGCCCGUCACCAUGGACAAGGAUGAGGCGCUCGCAUACUCUGGCCGAAAGCGCAUUCCUCCUCCCAUGGAAUCGUUUGACUACCUCCCGGAGCUCAUGGCUCUCGACCCCAAGAUGCCCGCUCUCCGAACCGACCUCAAGCCUCUCCACGUAGUCCAGCCUGAAGGUGUCAGCUUCACUCUCGACGGCAACGUGCUCGAGUGGCAAAAGUGGAAGAUGCACAUCGGCUUCCACCCACGAGAUGGCCUUGUCAUGUCCACGAUCAGCUACAACGACAAGGGCAAUGUUCGCCCCAUCGUCUACCGCAUGUCGGUGGCUGAGAUGGUGGUGCCCUACGCGUCUACCGAGCACCCUCACCCACGCAAGUUUGCCUUUGACGUUGGAGAAUACGGUAUGGGCACGCUCGCCAACAGUCUCAAGCUCGGAUGUGAUUGCCUCGGCACCAUCCACUACCUCGAUGGUCACUAUGUCGGACUCGACGGUAGCCCCACCGUCGUCGAGAACGCCAUCUGCAUCCACGAAGAGGACGCAGGAAUCGCUUGGAAGCACACCGACUACCGACCGGGCGGAAAGGUUCGUUCAGCGCGUGGUAGGAAGCUGGUGGUCCAGAUGAUCUGCACCAUUGCCAACUACGAGUACAUCUUUGCCUACAUGUUCCACACGGACGGUAGCAUCCAGCUCGAGACCAAGCUGUCCGGCAUUCUUAACUUGUACAUCAAGGACCGUGACGAGCCAAAUCCCUACGGUGUCGAGGUGGCCCCUCAGGUCAACGCGCACUACCACCAGCACUUGUUUGCGCUCAAGAUCGAUCCCAUGGUCGACGGUUGCGAGAACACCGUCAUCCAGACCGACUGCGAGCCCACGUCGGCACCGACAGGCUCGGAUCGCAACUACCUCGGCAACGGCUUUGUCACUGUCAAGACACCGAUCAACGUCUCUGGUGGUUACGACUGGGACUGGUCUCGCCACCGCACCUGGGCGAUCUACAACACCAACAAGCAGCACUACGCCGCCGGCCUUCCCGUCGGCUACAAGAUCCACACGCGCGACUGGGAGCCGCUUGCCUUGCAGGCCGACUCGAUGGUGGCCAAGCGUGCCGAGUUCACCAAGCACGCGUUGUGGGUAACCAAGUUCAACGAGGAACAGAUGUGGCCUGCGGGCAAGUACGUGCCCCAGCAGCGCGGCACUGCCCCUGACUCGCUGGGUCACUGGGCGGCCGAGAAGAACAAGGUUGACGACGAGGAGAUUACGGUGCACGCCAUCUACGGUAUCACCCACAUCCCGCACGCCGAGCAGUUCCCAGUGAUGCCCGUCGAGCACCUCAACGUCUGGCUCAAGCCGAGCAACUUUUUCGACUUCAACCCGGCUCAGGAUCUGCCUGCGCUCAACGACCCGUUCUCGAGGAGCGCGUUCGGCAGCAACGCCGGCAAGCCGCAACUCGAGGUCCAGUCAAAUCCUGCCGCUCCGGCUUCGAGUGUUCAGGCAGCUGGACAAGCGGGAGGCUGCUGCUCGAAGAAGUCGACUAGCACAUCGGUGCCUCAGCCAAGGCACGGCAUCGCCCUGUCGGCUCCGAGCAAGAAUGCUUCGGGUGGCAUGACCGCUGCUCACCCGCAGAACUGCGCUUGUUGCGCCAACGAUGGCUCCAGUCGUCUGUAG